CGGCUUUUGCUCCCUGCCUCUCGCUCCUCCCCUCUUCUCUUCCCAACCAGAGUCCACCGCCUCCCUCCCUCCCGCUCGCCGCCCUCCCCGCCGGAUUCCGCGGCUCGCGACGAGAGUCCCGAGCCCCGGUUCGCCGGCAACCGCGCCGGAUCCGGCGGGCCCUCAGCGCGGCAGCGAGCCUCCCGCGCAGAUCCGACGCGCGCGCGCGCCUUCGCUCGCAGGGAGUCCCGAGGAUUCCUGCAGCUGUGGUGGGCCUGGGUUGCGUUCACACCGGUGGGCGGGGCGGAAUUCGAAGAGGAGGAGCUGGGGCCGUGGGAGUCGGGCGGGCCGCGGGCGCGCUCAGCGUGAGCGCUUCGAGCCCCCCUCCCGCCCCCACCCCCACACGACCGGCGCGGCGCCGCGUAAGGACCCUACGCCGCCGACGCCAUGAUCGAGCAGUUCGUUAAUUUCGUCAUCCGGCCGCCUAGGUCAGAGUAUAAUCCAGAUCAGUAUUUAUGGGAGACCGAGUUUAUCCUCGCAGGACGAAGGUACAAACGACUAGAUUUGGAGCUUACAAAUGCAAGGGGCCAUACCUUAAAAUGCAGCCACUAUGUUCCUGCUUUUAUUCCGGAAAAUACUGCCCUUCCGUGUGUGAUCUACUGCCAUGGAAAUAGUGGAUGCAGAGCAGAUGCAAACGAAGCAGCUGUAAUACUUCUUCCUUCAAACAUUACAGUUUUCACACUUGACUUUUCCGGGUCAGGUCUAUCAGAUGGGGAUUAUGUUAGCCUUGGUUGGCACGAGAAAGAGGAUCUCAAAUCCGUGGUCUCAUUUCUCCGUACCAAUAAGCAAGUUUCCCGUAUAGGCCUUUGGGGGCGAUCGAUGGGUGCUGUUACAAGCCUACUGUAUGGAGCAGAAGAUCCCUCAAUUGCUGCCAUGGUAUUGGAUAGUGCUUUCACCAACUUGCAUGGAUUGAUGUUGGAACUCGUGGAUGUUUACAAAAUCAGAGUUCCUAAAUUCACGGUUAAGAUGGCUGUACAGUACAUGCGACGAGUCAUUCAGAAAAGAGCCAAGUUUGACAUAAUGGACCUUAAUGUUAUAAAGCUAGCUCCCAAGACAUUUAUUCCUGCAUUAUUUGGACAUGGUUUGAAUGACAUGUUUAUUCAGCCUCACCACUGUGAUCGUAUUCACCAAGCAUACGGGGGGGAUAAAAGUAUAGUAAAAUUUGAGGGUGACCAUAAUUCCCCAAGGCCUCAAUCAUAUUAUGAUUCAGUUUCGAUAUUUUUUUAUAACACUCUUCGCCCUCCUCAGUUGCCUCAUGCAUGCUCAAAUAAGCUAAAUAUGGGUGCUUUUAAAGUUGGUGCCAUGACCAAUGAGUGUUUGUUCUUUGAUAUCAUCAAUGGUCUGCGGGCAGCUAAAGCAGAUGCAGGCAGUUCAACAACCGAUACACAUGGAAUUCGAAAUGCUACAACUUCAGUAGUUGAAUUGCUGUCGGAGAGCGCAAAUCAGUUGUCCAUUAAGAAUGAGGAUGACUUGGAUUUCCUUUUAGAUGCGAAUCAUAACCUCUCGGGUAUGGAUGGUGAUAGUGCAGGAUCGCAUUUGCCGGAUAAAACGAGUAGGCACAACGAGGAGUCCUUCUCAUACACAAGCUCCAACAGAGAAAGUUGGGGCAGAUGUUCAUCUUUAGGGGCGGCCAGCGAUGGGUCACCCCCGGGAGGCACCAAUGACAAGCACCAGAACAUGACGGUGCAGGCUCUGGCCACACCGCUGAGGCUGGAAAAGAGGAAAUCUGUCAAGUCGUCGCCGCCCCCUAAGAGCAAGGAGAAGAAGAUCCACGCGCUGUGGAAGAAGCUGAAGCGUGAGAAGGAGGAGAUGGGGGACAGUCUCUCCCAGCGCCUGAGGAUGUGCCUGGGGCAGUCCCGGCACAAGCGAACCCACUCGUCUGGACAGUGAACUAUACUCACCCAGCUUUGGUCUAACCCCCCGACCCGACAACACGCCCUGCUGCUGAUCAACUGACGCCAACAUCCUGACCACCGACACGACGCCGAGUUGAAGCUGACGCUAGGUGAAUACGUACUUAUACAUGCGUGUUUGUAUGUAAUUUUAGUGCCACGUCUCUCGUGUGAUCCGGCUGCGCGGAUCAAAGGUUGUGUGUGAGCUUUGGCCGGGCACUGUAUCUGUUGUAUGCCCAUGGAUCAUCGCUCUUCCGUCUCUCCUGGCUCGCUGUUGUAUUUUCUCGUUGCCGCUCCGGAUGUUGUAAAGUUGCCGAUGCCUGUUUGGCGAAAUGAAAGAAGGGAUGCGGUGUUGCAUUGCUUUUA